CGAACGCGACAGAUAAAGGCACGAACGAUUACGGAGCCUAGUUUUAAAGGGGAACACAGCUUUGGACCAAAGGCCAAAUUUGAAUGAAACGAAAUAUCGCUUUCUUUGAAACAUUGAUAGAAUUUCCGGUUUGCGCUUGCUGUGUCUCAACAGACUCUUCUUUUGGAACGAUAAGCACUCCCUUCCUAACGGUGACAUCCAGAUUUCACAUGAUGGAGUACAUGCGACCGAUAACCUCAGUUGCCAGGGCAUCUCCAUCUGACGACGCUACAAGUACAAAAAGCUCCGUAACAGCAGAGAACCCUCUAGCAAAGCCCGUGAGUACCAGCUCAUCUCCCUCCUCAUCUCAUCUCCAAUUAGAAGACGAGGAAACGGACCUGCAAACCUUUCGCCUCCGUGAACCAUCUGGCCCAGUAUCUGAUUCCGAACAUGAUUCCAUUGUAGAAGAGGCAUGGACGAGCAACGAUCGUUUCGUUCCUUAUCGUCGAGCUAUUACCCCACCUCCUGUGGCAAGUCGUAGGGCAGCCACCGUAGAUGGAUCCAGCAUCGUCAAAAAACCACCAACAGGACCCGUCUCGCUGUUGUGGAAACCAAAACAGCCAGUCCUACGAGACCGGGUGGGCGACAUUGAAAGUGAUGAGGAAUCGGAUGGUCUGUCUUGGUCAUCGGGAUCAAGCUUCUCGGUUGGGGAAACCCGACGGGGUGUAUAUAUUCCAUCAGAGUUUCGAGCAAUCGGUGAAGGUCCCAAAAUGGCGGAUCGCAUCGUGUCCAUUGACGAAAACGAAGAGCAUGAAGAAGGCUCAUCGGCAGCGGACGACUCUGAGAACAAUGACGUGCCUUCUCCAUUGUUCUCGUCAUCGAAUGCAAGACACGUUCGGCAGGAAACUCCUCCGCCAGUACCCACAAAAGCUUUAAGACCUGCAUUGCUUCGACCUUUGGGAGCUCCAUCCACAGGUCACUUGAACCGAUGGAAGGUCGUAAAUGAUCUUGCCUCACCCAAAGAGGUCAUCGAGGAAGAAGAGGAGGAAGGGGAUGCAGCAAAUCAGGGUUCAUCUCAAUCGUUGGCCGAGGAACCAACGUCUACUCCUUUAGCACCGGCAAAACUAAAAGAAAUUCGGAGUCUAAGUGCAUCUUGGCGGCCCAAAAUGUCAAUGUUCCAUAAGUCCUCAUCUGGCCGCCUUGUCCCCGGUUCCAGCGAGCCCUCCACGACAGUAGACUCUGAAGACCGCAAGAAACCACCAACACAUCUUAGUAGUCAAACUACACUUUCCGGAUCCCAAACCUCGCUAACAGGAUCACAAACGAACCUUGCGGUUCCAAAACCCGCUGAACCAGAUCAAGCUCCCGUGAAACACAAAUGGUUCCGCCCGUUACGUCCAUUCUUCCCAAAAUUAUAUUCAAAGGAUACCGAAAAGCAGCCGAUGCAACUCCACCCAUUGGCGCAUGAGACCACCGUCCACUCCCUAACAAACAUUGACCCACCACCCGAGUCCAAACCCAAACAUCAGAAAUCUUCCAAAGCAUCAAAACAUGGCCCGUCAUCAGCAGCAGCAGCCAGUCGUAGAACCAAGGAAACUCCACUGUUAAAGCGAUUGAUGAUGAGAAAGGAGAAGGCGGCGUCGAAUGAGGUGGCGCCCACCAGCGACCCAGGCAAAAAAAGGCAGGACAAGGAAACUAGGCGAAUGCAACCGUACACAAAUCAACGUGCUGAACAGAACGGGGUUGUGCGCCAUACAAGUGAAGAUGACAUCAGCAUAGAGUCCAUGGCGGAACAACAAAAGUUUGAAAGCAGAUAUCGGAUUCUCAAAAGGAUUGGCACAGGAGGCCACUCCACCGUCCGACUCGCACAACGCAUAUCCGACGGCACCCUCGUUGUCUGCAAGUUUAUUCGGGAAACAUCCGUCUGGCAUUGGCACAAGGAUCCCCGCUCCCCAACGGGUCGGAUACCAUUAGAAGUGCACAUCAUGCGUCAGUUCAUUGCUCAAGGAAACAAUCCAGGCAUUAUUCGCUACAUUGAGCAUUAUUGUGUUGAAUCACGGUUCAUUAUCGUUAUGGAGUAUUUGGGUGAAGAAUGGGUGGAUUUGUAUGAUUUCAUUGAAAUGUACGGACCGGUCGAAGAGGAGAUUACAAAGGACAUUUUCGGACAGAUUGUGGAGACAUUACAAUAUGUACAUUGGAGUGGAUACGUGCAUAAUGACAUAAAAGAUGAAAACAUCAUGAUCAACACACGUACACGACAAACCAAGCUCAUCGACUUUGGUUCCGCUACCCCUCUCCGACCUGGAGAAACCACCGACCUCUUUUACGGUACAAAAAAGUUUUCCUCCCCGGAAGCCGUCCAAGGUCUCGCAUACUACCCAGAAGCCCAAGAAGUGUGGGCACUCGGCACACUCCUCUACGUACUCCUCUUCAAAAUGGAUCCAUUCAAAGACGACGACGAAAUUGUUGACUUGGAGAUUGUGGAUCGAAUUGAGGAGACUGUUGCGCGGUCAAGACGGGAUGGACGGGAUCCUAUUCAUGUUAGUCCUGAGGCGGUUCAAGUGCUCAAAGGGCUGAUGGAUAAGGAUUGGGGAGCUAGAAUGCGCAUUGGAGAAAUUAUGAACAUGAGGUUUUUUCAAGGGUAUCAUCAGCGGAAGAAAGUUGAUGUUGCUUGAGAGAGUGGUGGAUAGAUGCAAAAAAAAAACUACUUUUUAUGAACAAUUUGUUUUUCAAAGGAACGAAUGGAUAUAAAGUGUUUUGUUUAAC